CCGUCAUAUUCAUAAACUCAAUUUUAGGGUUGGUACAGUAGGCUUCACUAGACUUAGCUGCAACUCAGAAUUUCUCCUCCAGCACCUGAGUAAAUGCUGAUGGUCUUGUGGAGAGUGGAUUAAGAGUACGAGCUAAGUUCUCAAUCCCAAUUAAGAAGCGGAGGAAAAUUUAAACUGUCUCCUUCAAAGUUUAUCACAACCGCCACCAUCAAGACAGCAAACCAAAGGACAAAGACUUUGACCUGCUGUGUUGCUCUGUGUAGUCCAGUUCACGUACGGUUUACAGACUUGGCUGGGGUUACUAAUGAGUAAAUAAAAAGUUGGACACUUCUGUCAUUGGACACUUUUAUUCACAAAGUUACCAAAAUGAGGGCUGUGCUGGAGACAGCAGACAUUGCCAUAGUGGCCCUGUAUUUUAUCCUGGUCAUGGGCAUUGGUUUUUUUGCCAUGUGGAAAUCUAAUAGAAGCACUGUAAGUGGAUACUUCCUGGCGGGGCGCUCUAUGACCUGGGUAGCAAUUGGUGCCUCUCUGUUUGUGAGCAAUAUUGGGAGUGAGCACUUCAUUGGGCUGGCAGGAUCUGGAGCUGCAAGUGGAUUUGCAGUGGGCGCAUGGGAAUUCAAUGCCUUACUGCUUUUGCAACUUCUGGGAUGGGUUUUCAUCCCGAUUUACAUCCGGUCAGGGGUAUACACCAUGCCUGAAUACUUGUCCAAGCGAUUUGGUGGCCAUAGGAUUCAGGUCUAUUUUGCAGCGUUGUCUCUGAUUCUCUAUAUCUUCACCAAGCUCUCAGUGGAUCUGUAUUCGGGUGCCCUCUUUAUCCAGGAGUCUUUGGGUUGGAACCUUUAUGUGUCUGUCAUCCUCCUCAUUGGCAUGACUGCUUUGCUGACUGUCACCGGAGGCCUUGUUGCAGUGAUCUACACAGACACUCUACAGGCUCUGCUCAUGAUCGUUGGGGCACUCACACUUAUGAUUAUUAGCAUGAUGGAGAUUGGCGGGUUUGAGGAAGUUAAGAGAAGGUACAUGUUGGCCUCACCCAAUGUCACUUCCAUCUUGUUGACAUACAACCUUUCCAACACAAAUUCUUGUAAUGUCCACCCUAAGAAAGAUGCACUGAAAAUGUUGCGGAAUCCAACAGAUGAAGAUGUUCCUUGGCCUGGAUUCAUUCUUGGGCAGACCCCAGCUUCGGUGUGGUACUGGUGUGCUGACCAAGUCAUCGUGCAGAGGGUCCUAGCGGCUAAAAACAUUGCUCAUGCCAAAGGCUCUACUCUGAUGGCUGGCUUCUUGAAGCUUCUGCCAAUGUUUAUCAUAGUUGUCCCAGGAAUGAUUUCCAGGAUACUGUUUGCUGAUGAUAUAGCUUGCAUCAACCCAGAGCACUGCAUGCAAGUGUGUGGAAGCAGAGCUGGGUGCUCUAAUAUUGCGUACCCACGCCUGGUGAUGAAGCUGGUUCCUGUGGGCCUCCGGGGCUUAAUGAUGGCAGUGAUGAUUGCAGCUCUGAUGAGUGACUUGGACUCUAUCUUUAACAGUGCCAGUACCAUAUUCACCCUCGAUGUGUACAAACUCAUCCGCAAGAGUGCAAGCUCCCGGGAGCUAAUGAUUGUGGGGAGGAUAUUUGUGGCUUUUAUGGUAGUGAUCAGCAUUGCGUGGGUGCCCAUCAUCGUGGAGAUGCAAGGAGGCCAGAUGUACCUUUACAUUCAGGAGGUAGCAGAUUACCUGACGCCCCCAGUUGCAGCCCUAUUCCUUCUGGCAAUUUUCUGGAAGCGCUGCAAUGAACAAGGGGCUUUCUAUGGUGGAAUGGCUGGCUUUGUUCUUGGAGCAGUCCGUUUGACACUGGCCUUUGCCUACCGUGCCCCAGAAUGUGACCAACCUGAUAACAGGCCAGGCUUCAUCAAAGACAUCCAUUACAUGUACGUGGCCACAGCGUUGUUUUGGGUCACAGGACUCAUUACUGUAAUUGUUAGCCUUCUCACGCCACCUCCUACGAAGGAACAGAUUCGUACCACCACCUUUUGGUCUAAGAAGAGCCUGGUGGUAAAGGAGAGCUGCUCCCCAAAAGAAGAACCGUACAAAAUGCAAGAGAAGAGCAUCCUGAGAUGCAGUGAGAAUAGUGAGGCCAUCAACCACGUCAUUCCCAAUGGGAAAUCUGAAGAUAGCAUUAAGGGCCUGCAGCCUGAAGAUGUUAAUCUGUUGGUGACCUGCAGAGAGGAGGGCAACCCAGUGGCUUCUUUAGGUCAUUCAGAGGCAGAAACACCUGUAGAUGCUUAUUCCAAUGGGCAAGCAGCUCUCAUGGGUGAGAAAGAGAGAAAGAAGGAAACAGAGGAUGGAGGCCGGUACUGGAAGUUCAUAGAUUGGUUCUGUGGCUUUAAAAGUAAGAGCCUCAGCAAGAGGAGUCUCAGAGACCUGAUGGAGGAGGAGGCUGUUUGUUUACAAAUGUUGGAAGAAACUCCACAAGUAAAACUAAUACUAAAUAUUGGACUUUUUGCUGUGUGUUCACUUGGAAUUUUCAUGUUUGUUUAUUUCUCCUUAUGAACUUUUAAGGAUAUGAUGAGACACUAACUUAAGAAAAUACUGGUCUUUGAAAAAAACAAAAAAACAAAACACUUAUGUAACUGUUGCAUCUCUCAGGCAUUGUUUACGCUGUAGGUUUUAGCCAAAUUUUACUUAGCAGAAAAAUCAUCUAUUUGCAAGACUUUAUUUUCCCAGCGAUGGAUGAAAGUAAAAUUUCAAUCUAAAUGAAGUAAAACUUGUUUAACAGACUGAAUUGUGCAAAUGUGGUUUAAAAUUUUCCAUACCAAAGUAAGGAGAGACCAAUUAUUCUCAUAGAGCACUUAGAGCAGAAUAUAUGCUAAGAUAUCAUGAAUAAGAUAUACUGUCUGCACUGCCAAAUCUUGGUAGGCCUUCUUACCCUGAAGUAGAAGACUUGCUCAUUUUAAAGUUUUUUCUCUCUCUGUAAUCCCUACUUCCAUUUUAAAAAACUGAAUUUGUAGACAUUGUAUAAUCAAUUAUGUACUGAAAAUCGCUAACAUGUGCUUGUUUCAGGGCAAGUUCGUUUGCCAGGUUCGUUUUGUUAGCAUGAGCCUAUGGAUUCUGAACGCUGAAAGAAAGGAAGAAGAAUGUUUUCCUGUAGCUAUUCUUGUACCGCCAGUAUAUGGAAUGUUGGGAAAAAGUUUGUUCCAGUUGCAUUUUUCUUUUUUUCCUACUUUGAAGUUUAAGUGAACCAUACUCAAACGACCACCAAGUCUGUCUUUAUAAAGUUGUAUGUCAUGAUUGUAUUGUACAUGAUUAUGGGGGAGAAAAUGAAGUAAACAUUGCUGAUGAUCCCCAGAUUUACUGACCAAAUUAAGAUCAUUUAUAUAGUUUGGAAAUUAGCAUCCCCUAAGCAGCAUUUGAUCGACUAAGCUGAACAGGUGAUAGUCUAAUACUAAAUAUUGGACUUUUUGCCGUGUGAUCACUUGGAAUUUUCAUGUUUUCAUACUUCAUUAAUUCUCUAACUUUGUUCUUGUCAUUUGGUAAUAUUCUUUAUUAGCCAGGUACCUUCCCAAGUGGAUCCAUUUGGAAGAUAUGUCCGGAAAUUUGAAGAAGAAUUAACUCUGCCUUUGUGCUGGGUUGCCCUACUUGAUUAGAUUGUGAGAUAUUGCAGUUGAGUUUUUAGAGUGAAAAUUUAAUUCUCAGAUCAUAUUGUAUCCUUGAUAAGUCUUUUUUUUCCCCGAUUUACUUUUUUUUCAAAAGACUUGCCAUGUGUACACAGCCUCUACAUUUUUGUUUAAAAAGUUAACAGUGACUUAGAGUGUGAUGAUAUUUUGUUGCAAACUGACCAUCAGUAACAGAAAACUCAAGAGUGCAUGCUUUGCCAUUGGUGGAUUGUCAGUAUAGUUUUUCUGUAGAAUGGAUAGCAUGUUCAAGAGGUGCCAUGAACAAGAACUUCUACGGGUUUCGUAGUGUGUCUUGUAGAGGAGAUUACAGGACUUGCGUUAAUUGUAGGACCCUCUAUCUUGACAUGGCUUCAUACCCAGUUACAGCCUUCCUGGAAGAGAAUCCAUUUUUCACAGAGUGAUUCCCUUCAUGAGGACAGGGUACAAAAGACGUCUGAGAAGAGCUCUACAGAUUAGGUAGUUCUUUGUCCUGUCCUUUUUCCUCCAUGACAGAUGAAGGAAACUAAUUGUGUAUCUACUUUGACUUUUCUGUAAUCUCUGAUAUUUUUUAAAUUGCAUGAUUUUAUUAACCUUUAUUCUUCAGGGGAAAAUUAUUACUUUUUUUAGAUAUUUUUGUAGAUUUUGAAUCAAAACUCAGUCCUAAUGACUUUAAAUUUUUUUGUAUUUAUAAACUAGUUUCAUUAUGAUGGAUUUGAUUAGUUCAAAGUUGAUUUUAGAAAUUGUCAGGUAGCAUAAUGUCUUCCCAUCUCCAGGGGGCUUUCUGAAGGACUGAGUCUGUAGAUGAAAAAAAUAAUUCAUGUACGAAUAGUAUGAUUUCUGAGAGCUUAUUAGAGUGCCUUGUGGAAUUUUGUUCUCAAUUUCAUUCUUAAGGUUUAUAAGCUGGGGGCCAAAUAAAAAUAAGGACCAUCCUUUUCUUGUGUGGAGGCUGAGGCUGUGACAUGUCCAAGGUUACAAAGUCUGUUGGGAAGAACAGAAAACCAGGUGUCCAAAUCUGGAUUCAUGGUUUGUCCUCUUCUUUUUUCAAAGGAACUGUUCUUCCUUUGAGACAGCCUUUUGAUAUUUGGGGAAAUAACAGGAUCUUAGAUUUUUCAAAUUGACAUUAAGUUGUAGGAAUUAAAAUUUUUCUUUGACUCUGAACACCUUGCUGUGUAACUCAGCAGUGAGGACUGACAUAUUGGCUGAGCAGCCUUCUUACCCCUUCUAUUAAAAGCAUAAAUGAAUAGGUGGUAUUUAAGUGGAUUUUUCCCCCCUUUAUUUAAUGUUGACUCCUAAUAGUUUGGGAUAUUAGCAUCCCCCUACCUUCUCUCUGCUGUUGUCUUAGUAUGAUACAUAAAAUACAUCAUCUUGUGUCUAUUCAUGUGUAUAUAGCAGUAGGUCAAGUUUAGAGUACUAAUGUUUGUAAAUAAGGAAUGAUUAUUAGCAUAUCCAUUAGGAUUGUUUAUUCUUGCCAGUAUAAACAUUUUAUUUAGACUGAAGUCCCUGAAGCUUGCCCUUCUUAUUGCCUCCCAGUAAUAGAUAAUGUGCUUGAAUAAGUAUGUGAAUUCCUGAUUGCAACUUCAUUUCAGGGGACCAUUCUUCAGUCUGUAUUUCAUUAGAAUGAUUGUUCAUGGAAUGAUACAUGGUCUGUCUUAAAGCUAGCAAAAUAGUCAUACUUUACACUAACUAAAUGGGUCCUAAAUGAUGACAUUGAUACCUAGACAUUAACAUGUAUAUGUUUUCAUAUUGGCUCAAGCUGAGGUUCAGAAUUGGCUAAGAGUGAUUGACUACAGUAGUUAGCUACGAGUCAGAAUGAAGCGAGGACACUGGUCUUCAAAGGUGGAGAAAAAUAUUGUCUUAUCUGCUGUUAAUGGUAUCUCCAGUUCUUAGAUUUUUGUCCUCUCAGGCAAUCUUAGUCUCCAGAUCUGAUGAGAAGAGCUUAUUACCCUGACAUGCAGAAUGAUUAUUGGUUCCUUUGUGGUACCUCUAAUUUCCCUGUUCAUCUCAGAAUAUUUUGUCCUCCCACCCAAGACAGUAAGCGGCUUUUGAAACAGCUGAGCCAGUCUUUUCCCCCAGCCUUUCUUUCCUGGUGAGGUUAUCACUCUUAUCUUUUGGUUAGCGAAGCAUCAAGCAGUAGCAAUGGCGCUGUGUCCUUUGGCCUAAAUCCAGCAGAUCUGAUCUCCCAAGGCUUCUUUUUCACUUGGCUCAAAGGAUCCAUUGUCUGUUUGCGCAAAGAGGCUGGCCUGGGUCACAAAGCCCUAGCUCUUGGGGAUGGCAAGUCAAGUAAUUAGUGGGGGCCCAUCACUUCAUGAAACUUCACAUUUUAAGAACUGAGUGGGAAGGUUGUUACUCAGUUCUCUAACCUGAGACUAAGUGGGGGCUUGAAAGUCUUGUCCAGGGUGAUUAGAACCUUUAAGUCUCUACAUUUCUCAGUCCAUUGCUGUCUUCCCUAUAUUGGGUGUGUGGAUCUUCCCCUCUCUUUAGAUAUCAUUUAAUGUAGCUUAUGGGUUAUUCUCAUUCUUUACCACCCUAUAGAGCUGCUAUAUUAUUAGCUAUUAAAAGGUUAGACCCAUCAAUGUUCCCACUUGGCAGUAUUCGGCUUACUUGCUUUUCUUAUACUUUACUCCCAUACGUCAUUUUCUUCUGAGGUAUGAUGGCUGAAAAUGACCACAUGGGUAUCUAGUAGUGACACCUCAGCAUUUCCUGAGUUUGGGUUGAGAGAUGUAUAAAGACCAUUGUUGUUAAAUUCCGUGAGUACGGAGACUUGCCAGGACAAAAUUUUCUUAAGAAGUCAGAAACACUAUUAAGUGAGAUGCUGAGAAGUACCUGGGUGAUGCAGACUUAACAGAAGACAAAAUUAGCUUAACAUGUGUUAGAUGUAGAAUCAUAUUCAUUGAACUCUAGAACUUGAGGUAUCUUUGCUAUCAGCUAGUUUAAACCCCUCCGCAUAUAGAUUAGGGUACAGUGAAUAAGAUCAAGCUUGUUAAACCCUGGUUUGAUGUUAAAUAUCGUAAAGUAUGAGUUCAUUAACAUAUUUGAGGUUAAAAUGACUGAUAUUUCAUAAUGAUACUUUAGUAGAAAAAAUACUUUUAGGUUUCAGUAUUCAUAAGAUUUAUCAUUAGCCAGGUGUUAAAUUGUUUAAGUCAUUUUAAUGUUGACAUUAGCCUGAGCAGACUUUACAAAUGGGAUAUAUUCCUAUUUGUGUGUAUGCCUACCUACCAUUCAGAGAGACUGGUUUCCCCCUUUGUCUUCCCUCACAUUGCUUUAAUUAUUCACCUAUUCUUGCAACACUUAACAGAUUCCUAUUUUGAUCUUUUGUCAGCUUAAUUCACUUUGUUUCAGGCUUAUUGUCAUGGUGUGCAGAAGUGCUGCUUUGCCCCAUAUUUGAAGGUCUGGAUCCAAAUAGUGAUUCACUAAAUAUAGUUGUGUUUAAAUAUACUAAAUUUCUAUUAGCUUAAACUGUUCUCAAGAAUUGUUUUCUUAGACUUUGUGUUCACUAAUAAUAAAAACCCUUAAUAAUUCAUCAGUAUUUUAUUCUCGAAACUCAGUUUUCAAAAAUUAGGAGGCAAGAAUAGUUAAAUUCACACCAGUCCCUUUGAAAUGAUGGUGUCACAAUGUAGAGAGGAAUGGAGUUUGUUUUGAUGCCGAAAAGCCUUGUUCUUGCAGUAAUUAAAGGUAAAAAGUUGGAACUAGUCAGUUGGCAUAUAGAGAAACCCUUUUGUACUAGUUAGGUAUGAAGCUGGAUUACAAAAGAAGUAAUCUUUUGAUCACUACAUUUGGUUUUCUUGGUUGACUUAACUCAGGGCUGCAAAUCCCUUUUCCUCCAUUAAGCUAACUUCUCUUAAUUUGGUAUGCUUUUUGUCAAACUCUCACCUCUGUUGGAAGAGUAGAUAGAUACUCAACUACUUUGACUCCAGAACAGAAUUUAGCUAAGGUUCAAAAUAAUUGAUGGGCUUUGCCAGCACUGAGUCCCACACCAUUAUUCAUGUUGUCAUAUAAAUGUUUUUAUUUAAACUUCUCUCCAGUGCUGGGAAUAAGGCUUUAAACUACUGAUUCACCUUUAAAGGAAUGUUAAGAGAAUUGAUAUAAUUUAUGUUUGUUUCCAUCUCAAAUCCUUUAUAAAAGAUAGGAUUUAGCUUAUUGUUUUGGGUUAAGCACCCCAUUUAUCUGAUAACCAACAGGCUUAACCAUUGGCAUAUAGUCUUUUACUCAGAAGUAAACAGAAAAGGUUUGAUGUAUCUGUAUCAUUACUCAUCUCGUGCACUUUACUUUUUCGGGGAGAACCAUAAUCUGAGACUUGACUUAAACCAAUAACCUUAAUUUAUGUAAUGACUUUUAAAAGUUUGGUUUGGUUACCUGGAUACAUAGUGUGUUUGCAGAGAGGGAUGCUAGAAUAAAUAAGUCAAGACAAAGCACAGUGGUCUCAGAUUCUUGUUAGUGUAGGAGCAGUGCUUUGCUCUCCUCAGAGAAGCACUGUAUUAUAAUUGUUGCCCAGGAUAAUGGAGCCCCCCACCCCAGUUCAAGACAGUUUACAGUAAGUGAACUCUGUCAUUGAGGGAAAUACAUUUUCCAGUGAUUUCGGCAACAGCACAAGUUGACAGUAGGUAACCACACCUUUGUUGGAGACUUAUAUUGGAAAUUCACCUUGUACCCUAGUGCUGCUGGAUAAAGGAGUGUUUACUUUUUUUAUUGCCUCUGGACAAACUACUCUGGAUAAUUUUCCAAUAUAUCAGUGUAGCCUAUACCUCUAUAAGUGGAAUGUUCCUUAAUAACUCACUUUUUUGUUACACUAGUUGGAAACUGAAAUUAAGCUCAUUGCUAUCUAUAUUAUUGAAACCCCCAACUGGCAAAGGCCAUUCUGUAGGGUAUAUUCCAUAAUAUAAUCAUCUUCUGAAAUUUACGUUUUGAUUAGUGCCUUCUGGCUGCCAAUACUGAAUCUGCUAGUUCACACCUUGCCCUUUCUUGAUAGAUAACUCUUAUUUGUUACAGUUCCUCUUUUUAAAUAUCGUUAUAGCUAGUGAAGAAAAUACAUUUAUAUUUACAUACUUUAUAUGCAGCCUCUGUUAAAGUUCAAAGAACCAGGUAAGUCUGGUUUGUGUUGCAGUUUAAAUGUUAUUUAUUCAUCUGAAUUUGUUUCUUUUAUAUCCUUAAUUAAAAAUUUAAGGUUACUUAUUCUGUGGGUAUAUUUUAACUUUAUCAUUUUCCAGUGUAGGUUGGAUAGGCAUAUCUGAGAACAUAUAUGUGACAACCGUUUCACAUUCCAUGAUAAGGAAAAAGCUGAAAGUAAGUGUCCAUAGAAAGCACAAAACCAUGUUCCCUCAUAUUUGUAACUCCACAUGUAGAAAGCACAAGACUAACAGUAUUCUCAUUGUCCCACAAGUGCCAGGCAUAAAAAGCCCACCAUGGGUUUGUCUCGAGUUGUCAGGAUGAGGACCGCAGUACUGAAAGCCCUAGACAGUGAGGUACCUAAGAUAGGGGUCCUAAAUCAUAAGGGAUUCAGUGUUCUAAUCUGAGUACGUUUGUACUGCUUUGGUGGAGGAGAGAAUACCAAUGUCAAGAAUGCUGCAAUUGUAUUGGGGGGUUACUAGCUAAAAUGGGGUCUGUGGGCUCUUUCCUACAAUCUGGAACUUGAGAAACAGGGACAGACUUCUAGGUUUUUGGUGGGUGGAACAUUUUGACAAACUUCUGCUUUAAGCUGUAGAGCCAUUGGAUUUUUUUUUUUUUUAAUCAUACAUCUUUAGGAAAUUUUACCUCCCGUCAAUAGUACCUUGAAAACAUGGAGAAAUCUCACAUUUUAAUAGGGCAAAUACUAAUCUUUAAUCUUUGCGUAAAUUUAAUCUAAACUUAAUGAAGUUAUUUUUUCAUAUGCUUCACUGCACUUCAUUUUAAUAGAGCAGAAUUUGAUCCAAGUGUUACGAGCAUCAAACUAACAGACAGAUCUGCCAAAUGAAGUGCUUUGCUUUUCACAAUGGUUGUAAGAGUCUAAAGGAUUCUUUUGCCUGUCUCAUUACCCGCUUCAAGACUAGAUUAGAUGAAAUCUGUGAAUAUGCAUGCAAAAGAAGAAAAUAAUGUGUUUUCUUGAACUCGACAUUAUCCUUAUUUUACUCCUCACUUUCUACACCUGAAUAGUCCCUGUUUGUAAACAAUGAAUAAAUACAUUUGUGUCUUGGAUUUUGCCUGUAUGUCAAAAGAUGGAAGGACUCUCAGGAUGGAGAGAAGUGACCAGCUUUGUUCCCACUCUCCUCUAUUUUCUGUGUUUAUCUUCUUAGGGAUAAUCAUCUUUAAUAAUAUAUGGAAUGAAGAUUAAAGCUGGUAUAGACUAAUGGAACAUGUUUUAGAAGAAUUAACCUGAGCACUUUGAGGGAGAGACUUACGCCCUCUAGCCAAAAGUUGCCAGGUUGUGGACCUGCAGCAUUUUUUAAGAAUGUAAAACCUCAGGCUUCGGUGGGGUUACUGGAGAGGAAUACCAGAAAUGCAGGAGAAAGGAGAGGUUUGAGGAACAUCUUUGGCUUAGCAAUAUGUGAUAAGGCAAAGCAGUAAUAACCUGUUAGUCCUGUGUAGAAUGUGUUCUGUACCUUUAAAUUUUGUUUUUAAAUUUAAAAUAGUUUUUAAGAACUUAAAGGAUGCUUUUGAAGAUUCCUUUGGCAGAAUAUCUUUCACCUGUAAUUCCAUGGAAAAUUGCUUUAAUUAGUCUAGGUGAAAGUAGUCCUAGCAGUGUAAAUAUGUAUAAAUAGAAUUUUCUAAUUUCACUGUGAGAUCUCUAACUUUUGAGUGGCAAACAGAUCAACAGGUCUUUUGCUCAUGGACUUUUCUGUGGGGUUGUUAAAAUGCAAAAGCUUUAUUUUUUAAAUAAUGACAUAUUACAUUAGUGUCAGAUGAUGGUAUGGUAUCUGUUGCCCUGCUUUCCCCCACCAAUAAUGCUUCAGUUUAUAGAUUGCCAACAGAGUUCCAAAAUAAAGCGAGGAUUUACCCAUUCUUUGCUUGGACAUCCCAUUUUCUGUUGCCUGGACCUAUGUUGGCAAUCACAUAUGAACUAUGUUAUGCUUCUCAGUGCUUCUUCUUCUCCUUUUUUUUUUUGAUAAGGUGGAUAUCAAAAAUAGUUGCUGUGCAAAAGUUAGUAGUCUUCUUCAAGAAGAAAACCAAUUCCUUUUCUAAUAUCCUGUGAAAUUGCUUCAUUCAUUCCUUUAUUUUUAAGCCAAAUGUCAGCAGAGUACUGCUGCUUUUAUCUAGUAAUUUUGAUAUGUAAGUAUUAAUGCAUUUUUAAAAGAUGUCUACAUUGAAAAAUGUUUUUCCCAGUGUCCUGCCUCUUAAGCUUUGUUCAAAUGUUCUGUGAGAGACCAGUCUGUGCACUGGGGUUGUGUAUUGUAUACAUGGAUUGUUUUGUCAGUUAUGCAUUGUAGACCAAAUGUGAUUUUAAAUGAAGUUGUUGGGUUAUUGGUGAGUUUUUUGAAUUGUAAACUGAUUUCCAGGGUACCUUCAUUGUCCACAGCAUUUUUUUUUUUUUUAAGGCUUGACUGAUCAGGUCCA